AUGAACCCAGCUGCUCAGGAGUUUGUAGUGAAUAGGACACAACCAAAUAUGAAUUAUAAAACUCCAGUAAGCGACAGGACGCAUGCACCAGGAAAUCAACCGACCAAGCUUAGCGCGGAUGCUACCCCUUUCGUGCCUCAUGCGCCGAAUAAACCUGCUUCAAAUCAGGCAAUCGCUAAGGGCGAUGCGAAGCCACAACAUGUAGACCCUAGCCCAUCCCCGACUACCGAUAUGCCUGCUCAGAAAAAUGACUCCGUUGAGCCCUCAGAAGCGCUCCCCCAACUCUCGAUGGCGGAGUCCUCAUCAAACGAGACGUCACCCUCCUCACCAGCCAACCCUAAGAGCACCUCGCAGCCAAAUAAUCCGAUAACAUCGACGGAGGUAUCGGUCAGCGAGCCCUCAGCCGCGUCGGGUGCUGCUACAAUAAACUCACAAAAACAGUCACCGCCAACCACCUCCGACGGCACUCAAGAGUCUUAUUGGGCUACAGCCUCCGCGGUUCACUGGAAUGGUAGCCGCUUGCCCGCGAUAUUUGGCUGCUCGAACACGAAAACUCCCCCUCCUUCCCAACCCAUGUGUCUGCACUCCGCUUGGGAUCUGUACGCGGAUGACCACACCAGUAUCAGCACACCUUCGACGGCUGGCGCUCUUGGUAGUGGCAAUACGGGAUCCAUGCCCUUCGAUCCUGUUCAUAUAGCAACCGUAGCGGAUGUAGAGAGCUUUUGGCGUCUCUGGCGCUACGUCCGGCCUCCCUCAAGUUGCCCAAUCCCCUUCACCUAUUCCUGGUUUCGUAAGGACAUCAAACCGGAGUGGGAGUACCCUCGUAACAAGCGUGGCGGCACCAUCAUAAUUAUCAUCUUUGAUCGUGACCGUCCCGGACUUAACGAUAAGCAGGUGCUGGAUGAUACCUUCAUGACAACCAUUAUAAGUUGUGCAGGCGAGACCUUUGCUGAGUGCAGCACCACCCUCAAUGGCGUCAUGCUCAAGCUUCGGCCUAAUAAGCCAUUCACGAUGCAGCUGUGGACAUCUCACUCCGAGCUCAACAAGCUUAAAGUUUUCGCAAACAGCCUACGGGAGGCGUUGAGCAAGGUUAUGGUCGACACUAAAUCUCUCCAGAAGUUAGAGUACUACUCACAUCAUCGGUCUCAGGUGGCAAGCAAUAGCCUAGCUUCGCGGUUAAAAACAAAACCCAAAGUGUCGCCCGAUUACGUUUUUUAA